UUUCAUAGUCCUCUGCUCUUUCACUGUGGUCACCCGCAGUGUGCAGUUCACUGUCUGUGCUGUUGUUAUCUAACAGCGGCGGAGACAUUAAAGGGUCAUGCCACUCAAUGUCGUGUUGAACGGUCCGGCCCCCUGGGGGUUUCGCCUGAUGGGAGGAAAGGACUUCAACCAGCCUCUGACCAUCUCCAGGAUCACCCCCGGCAGUAAGGCUUCCAUGGCCAACUUGUGCGCUGGUGACGUCAUCCUGGCCAUCGAGGGAGUCCCUGCCACAGACAUGCUGCACUGUGAAGCCCAGAAUAAGAUAAAGGAGUCCACCAGUCAGCUCUGUCUCACUGUUGAAAGGAAUGAUUCAAGACUGUGGUCCCCUCGUGUUGUGGAGGAAGGCAGAGCUCACCCAUUUAAACUCAACCUAGAAGCAGAACAACAGGAGUAUAAACCUAUUGGCACCGGACACAACCGGAAAGCUCAGCCGUUUGUUGCGGCAGCGAACAUCGAUGAUAAGCGUCAGGUGGUCAGUACGUCCUACAAUACUCCUAUUGGCCUGUACUCCUCAGGCAAUAUCCAGGACGCCAUGGAGGGCCAGAUCCGAGGCAUUGUCCCCCAGAAGCCUGAGAGCCCCAGGACUCUGACUAGCAUCGAGGAUUCUGAUGUGUACCGGAUGUUGCAGAAAGACCAGGAGGAGCCCCAGGAGCCUCGACAGUCUGGCUCCUUCAAAGCCCUGCAGGAGUUUAUUGACAGUGAUGGCACUCGUCCCAUUGUGACCAGGACAGUAAAAGCCCCCAUGACCAAACCGACUCCGCCCACAGGAAACCUGCAGAAACUGCCCGUCUGCGACAAGUGUGGGAAUGGGAUUGUUGGCACAGUGGUGAAAGCACGGGACAAAUAUCGUCACCCUGGCUGCUUUGUGUGCUCCGACUGUGACGUCAACCUCAAACAGAAGGGCUAUUUCUUCGUGGAGGGGCAGCUGUACUGUGAGACUCACGCUCGGGCCAGAAUGAGACCACCGGAGGGACAUGACCUCAUCACAACUUAUCCAUCUGCAUAGAUUCCCCUCCGACAAGCACAGACACAAGCCCUUACACAUGCAGGCACACACACACACACACACAAACAGACACACACUUCAGCACACACUCCUAUGUCCUACGUCUGUUUAAGUGAUCAUAUGCACUUUGAAGUUGUCUGUGUGCAAUAACAUUUCAGCAAGAAUACACUUUUCUCUGAACAUAACCGUAUGCUGUGUUGACCUGUAAGGCAUUUCUGUGUAGGAACAUUUCGCAGGUGAUAAUUGAACAGACGUGUUGUUUAAAGAGCCCAGCAGAAGGGACAGCAAAACAUGCCACUUUAUUUCUUGCCAGUUUCUCACAAUUUGAUGUCUUUCCAAUAAAGACCCCCUGUUCAUAGUGUAAGAUGAUGUGUAUGUGGAGUCUUGAGAAGAAAAGCACCCCCCUUAAAAGGAGCUAUUUGUAAGUUUUGCUAUUGCUACAUAGCCAACGUUAGCAUUAACAUACUGUUUACUUAUCAGUC